AUGGAUUCACCAGCGGGUUUCUCAGAUGCCGGCAUGGAUCAGGAUGAUAUUCCUUAUCCUUGCAAGGGCUGUGGAGAGAUCUUGGAGGAAGGGAAAGCAUUUGAAUUGGCGGGCAAUAGGUGGCAUAUCGAUUGUUUCCGAUGCAACACCUGUAACACUCUACUAGACUCGGACGCUCACCUUCUACUCCUCGGCGACGGCUCGUUGAUAUGCAGCAACUGUACAUACAGCUGCAGCUCCUGCGGAAAUAAAAUAGAAGAUCUGGCAAUCUUAACCGGCGACCAGGCAUUCUGUGCCAAUUGCUUCAAAUGUCGAAACUGCAAGAGGAGAAUUGAAAACCUUCGGUAUGCCAGGACAUCCCAAGGUAUCUUUUGCAUGGACUGUCACGAGUCCCUCAUGCAACGGCGUCGCAAGAAAAAGACGACCGCGAAAAAGCCCAGUACUAUGUAUGACAAGUCGCUCCCGUCUCUGCCACCAACUAUGGAAGACACCCGUGCAAAUCGUGAUGUGGAAACAUUGCCAGCGAGGGAGUACUCUGGCUCUCCAGAUGUACCUACCCGUGGUUAUUCUAUGGAAGAGCGAACGUCAAGCCGUAGUCGUGCUGAGGAAUCGCCUGCUCCGCAGCCGGAACCUCCUCAAAACCAAGAUAAUCUCAUUCUCCCUUCGAGUGCAUACCGCCCCGAUUCGAGCAAACGCCACUCCACCAUAUCUACAAAGUCGGAAGUGGAUACUGGAGAGUUCCUAAUACCAGUCGCAUUCGACCCUACACCCGACGAACGUGUGUCGUCGCAUAAUGAAGUGUCUGGCCCAGAGCAAGCACGCCACCAGCCACAAGAUUACUUUGACCAUUCGCGACCAGCAACAUCCUCUCGCCAGAUCUCAGCAGAUCGUACGGAAACUACUCAAGCACCCGCCCCUCAUAUUGCCUUCCAACAAAAAGAGCGCCAGCCCAGCAACCCUGUCGCUGAUCAGAACCGCUUGCGACAAGAGCCAACACCAAAAGUCGCUCAGACCAAGACGGAAAGCAGCGAUGGAUUCAAAUUACAGGAGGCGCCACGAGGACGGAAAUCUGCUUCUACUAAUAACCCCAAGUCUGACCUCAACGCGGCCAAAGAAGGAACUUCUAUCUCAACAGGAUCUGCUGGAGCUGUUACCGCAGCUCCCUCGGAGUCAUCCAAGGGCCCACAGCCUUUCACGGAGAAACCUACAAGCCCUCCCGUGUCAAUUGCCUCGCCACCAGUGCGAUCAUCCGGCCAGAAUCGUACCAGUUAUAUUGAAAUUGAGCAUGACCGCGCCAAUACUAACAGGACCCUCCCCAAAUCAACCACAGUCCAAAAUCUUCCGAAACGAGGAGAUUCCUUGGAGCACUUUGUUUCCAGUCAAAUUCAGCGCAAGGAUAUUGGUUCUUCUCCUUCUAAAGCUCCUUCCAGUCGCGGUGAUUCAAAAGAAUCGGCUGAUGUUUCUCGACAGUUGACUCAUUUAUCAGAGAAUGCAGAACCAUCAAAAGAGGCGUCAGCAGAACCAACCAACGUACCAAUCUCUUUGGACAACUAUCACACUCGUAACGGGUCGAACACUCCUUCUCUUUCAGAUGCUAUCAAAAAUAACCUUACCUCGUCACCUGGGUUGCUGCGUUAUAGUGGCGGAGGUGAUUUCUCUCUCGACGAAGAUUUGGCCAGGAUCCUAGGAGCCGAAGCUCAGACUGGUAACCGUGAGUCCGUCAAGCGACCGAUGUCGAAUUCUGUGCGCCAUGGCCGGAGCUAUAGCGAUAAGGGAUCUAUCAUGUCAAAGGACGGCAAAUGGCCAAAAUCCCCAGUCAAUGGCAGCGCUUUUGCGCAAGAUGUCAGCAGUCCUGACACUACUUCUCCAAGUGAACAGCGGGAGGAUAUUGGUUGGCUAAGGGGCGAGCUACGUAGAGAACGUCAACGGGUCAUGGAGAGAGAUCAGAAAAUCGCAGAGCUAGAGAGAGCUUUGAAUGCCCAAGCAGAUGUCAAAAAGGCUAAUACCGAAUUGCGCGAGAAGCGCUCAACCAUGGUGGUCUUGGAUACCAAGAAGGAAGUGGUUAUGCGCGAGCUUUCUGCCAUCACAGAGCAUCUAGAUAGAGAAAAGCAUGGUGCUGCCCCCAUGGAUUUGGCAAAACUGACCAACAAUGUUGUGCGUGGCUUUGCAGAGAAGCUACAGCAGCUCAAAGACUCCUUUGCCCCAGAGAUUGAAGAGCUCAUGCAGAAACGGAAUGAGAUCGUGGAGGAGGUGGCAAACCUCUCACGCAUGAAAGACAAGAGUUUCCAAGAAUUUGAACAGUUGUCUUCAAAGAAUGCACAAUUGGCAGAACUGAACAACCAGCUCGUGAAUCAAAUCCAAGGUCUCUACAAAGCCAGCUCAGCCACAGAAUCAACUCGUUCCACAAACGGCUUGGGCAUUUAUUCCCAUAACAAAGAAAAAUCUACAGGUUCUGUUGAUGCUUCCAAGACCAGCGAUCUUGCUUCCUCAGUUUCCACCAUGACGAUCCAAGACGAUGGCGAUGCCACCAUCAUCCCUGGACCCCAGGUUGUCAGUAUUCGCAAAGGACAGGUACGCAAGUUCAACUGGAAACGAGGAGGCCAGACUGUGGCCAAGGGUGUUUCCAAGGGACUCAAAGCAUUCUCGAGCGAAAAGGAUAUGAUCGGUCCAGAUGGAACAGUUCAUCAAAUUGAAGUCAACCCGUCGCUGCCACGCUCUCAAACGCAGGAACCGAGAUUUGGAUUUUUUGGAAACCAGAAGCGACAGGCUGCGUGGAAGAAUCAGACAAACGGAAGCUCACCAGCGUUGGCUGAUGCUGCUGUGACGAGCGAGAGUCUAUUCGGUGUCGAUCUGGAACAACGUUUGGAACUCGAGAAGAGCAUCAUUCCUUCGAUAGUUACACGAUGCAUUCAGGAGGUUGAGCUGCGAGGAAUGGACGAGGAGGGUAUCUACCGUAAAUCUGGCGCGUCGACCGUCACCCAGAUUAUUCGAGAAGGGUUCGAGCAAGCGAACGACUACGACAUUUCCGAUCCAGACCUCGACAUCCACGCCGUUACAUCUGCGCUUAAGCAGUACUUCCGCAAGCUGCCUUCGCCAUUGAUCACGUACGAGGUCUAUGACAGUGUAGUUGAUACGUUUAAUAUUCCCGAGCAAUCCAUUCGUAUCGAAGCGAUGCGCAACUCGCUUGACGCGCUGCCGCGUGUCCAUCGCGAUGUGCUAGAGUUCCUCAUUUUCCACCUCAAGCGCGUCGUGGAGCAUGAAAGGAUAAACCUUAUGACCAGUCAGAAUGUUGCUGUCGUUUUUGCUCCAACGAUCAUGAGACCAAAGGACAUUGCCCGUGAGAUGACAGACGUGCAGAAAAAGAACGAAGCUUUGAAAUUUCUCGUGGAGAACUGUCAAGAGAUCUUUAUGUAG